UAUACGCGCUUCGUGUAGUCCUCGCAGGGACCCUUAGUGCACGUGACGAUCAGCUGACUUUAACCGGAAACGGAGGAAGCCGACAACCAAAACAAGUGUCUUCAUAUACAGAAUUUUACUUUUGCAGUUAUUUACGAUUGUUAAUAAUGGAGUCAACCCUCGAACAGCAUCUCGAUGAUACCAUGAAAAAUCCAGCAGUUGUCGGUGUGCUUUGCACGGAUCAACAAGGACACAACCUGGGCUGCCGUGGCUCCCUGUCUGAUGAACAUGGCGGUGUUGUGUCAGUUUUGGCCAAACAAGCUGGCGCUCUUACUAAAGACCCAACGGACAGUCCGACUGUGUGUCUGGAGUCUGAGUCAGGAAACAUUCUGGUGAGGAGUCAUGGCACCAUCACAGUAGCAGUUCACAAGAUAGCAUCUUGAAGACAACACGACUCACUGAGGAAUUUUUAUUGUAAAGAAAUGUACAUGUCAACAAGAACAUUAGUAUAAUCACACAAUCUGAAUUAACUUUGAGAAAGAUCUGGACUUUCCACAUGUCUGUUGUCCUUUCUAUAUUAUCCCAUAAUUAAACAUACAUGGUCCUUUUCUAAUACAUGAA